AUGCGUUCUUGGUAUGGAAGGGGUCGACCGCUCCAGGUUGCUAUCACUUCUUGUUGUUUGGUGGCUUUUAUUCUGUUUGGUUACGACCAAGGUGUGUUCAGUGGGAUUGUGGGCAAUGAAGACUGGAGAAAACAGUUUGGUUACCCUGAUGACUCGGAAGAGGGUAUCAUUGUCAGUUGUUAUAACCUGGGGUGUCUCCUGGGAUGUUUGAUCAACUUCUGCAUUGGCGAGAGUCUCGGCCGACGGAAGACGAUGUGGCUCGCGAUGGGUGUGGUGAUUAUCGGUGCAAUCCUGCAGACCACAGCCUUCAACGUGCCUCAUUUGAUCGUCGGACGACUGGUGACUGGCGCAGGCACCGGAUUGAAGACCAGCACAGUGCCCAUGUACCAGGCCGAAAUGUGCGAAGGAAAAACCAGAGGUCGACUAAUCUCUUCCGAAGUCCUCUUUACCGCCGUGGGAAUCGUUGUCGCAUACUGGUUUGAUUUUGGCAUGUCAUUUGUGGGAGGGCCUAUCGCCUGGCGACUCCCAAUUGCCAUGCAGAUUGUCUUUGCCAUCUUCGUCAUUGUCUUGGUAUUCGGACUCCCGGAGUCUCCUCGAUGGCUCAUGAAUCACGGCCAGGAACAAGAAGCCAUGGAUGUUCUCUGUGCUGUGUAUGAUCGUGAGCCAGAUGAUGAAUUCAUCGUCAAUGAGCGCAAGGGAAUCAUGUCUGCAAUUGAACUAGAAGACUCAGUCAGCAAGCAGUCUUUCUGGAAGAUUUUCCGCAACGAUGAAGUCAAGACCGGCCAGCGAGUCUUGCUUGCUUGGGGUAUUCAACUGAUGAACCAAGUUGGCGGUAUCAAUUUGGUCGUGUACUUCGUUCCCACUGUACUUAAGCGCAACGUCGGCAUGUCAAGUCAACUUUCUCAGAUCCUGGGCGGAUGCAUCCAAAUCAUGUUCAUGCUCGGCUCGCUACUGCCAGCCUUCAAAUUGGACAGCAUGGGUCGCCGCAAAACCAUGAUGAUCGGCUCUUUCGGUCUCGGCUUCUGCAUGAUGAUGGUAGCCGCACUACUUUCCCAAGUCCACCAACCCAACGGAACAGCUUAUGCAUCGGCGUCAGUCUCAUUCUUCUUCCUGUACAUGCUCAUCCACGGCAUGUCCAUCAACUCCGUUCCCUGGGUCUAUGUUCCCGAGAUUCUGCCCUUGGAAGCCCGCACUAAAGGAACGGCAAUUGGCGUCAGCUCCAAUUGGCUGUGGAACUUCACCGUUGUUAUGAUCACGCCUGUGAUCAUCAAUCGGAUUCAAUGGAAAGCGUACCUGAUCUUCAUGAUCACCAACUUCCUUUUCAUUCCCAUCAUCUAUUUCUAUUACCCCGAGACUAGCAAUCUGCGCCUGGAGGAAAUUGAUUUGAUCUUCGCUCGGGGUGGAGACCCUGUUGAGCAGGCGAGGAGAAUGGCUGCGGAAAUCAAGGCCUAUGGACAUCUCCAGGUUGAGCAGGACGAGAAAGUCGCUAGCAGUGUUGGAGUGGAGCGGGUAUAG